AUGGUUAAGCUAGCCGAGGGUGGUUUUAACAAGGUAUUUCGCCUUGUAAUGGAUAACGGCUCGGCCGUGAUUGCUCGCAUCCCAAUGCCGAAUACCGGCUCUUCACGGUGGUCAACUGCUUCCGAAGUGGUCACCAUGAACUUUAACGCUGACUUCUGGGACCGGAUCUCAUCUCUGGUACAAAGGGAAGGCUGGACCUCACACGAGACUUAUGGUGACGCGGUUGAGCUCUUCUCCCAGCUCCGACAGGAAGGGCUUCGCCUGCUUGAGGGAGAAGAGACCCGGACAGGUGAAGCCGAGGUCGCACCCGGUGCCGAAAGCGGUACAGCGCUCAUUAAUUAUCGAAGUUGGGUUAUUCUAGCUUCUUCUAAAUACUCAGCGCCCACUGAAUCAGCGUCGAACGUUUCCAACCUUGCCGAUGAGGUGGGUGUGAGCUAA